UACUGGAGUCACCUGAUCCAAGAUGGCAGCGACAAGUGUCAUUCUACUGCUGUGCUCCCUUUUUUCGGGAAUUUUAGCCAAAGAUCGAGUCCCAGUAUUGAUAUGGAACAACAACCAAGUGAAGGACAACUUCCCAGCAGUGCCAGCCCUACAGGCCAUUGACUAUGCUACAUUCCAGUCCAAGUACUUGGCAAACUUUGACGCCAAGAACAUCAUCCUUUUCAUUCAGGAUGCGCUGAGUGUGGAGGACCUGUCCAGCCAUCCGUCUGAGUUCCAGGCUGUGGACAAGUGGAUGACUGAGAGCCACUCCCUAUACUUGCCGAAUGUGGAGGAGCCGGGCCACCUCACCCAUGACUUGGCCUCCCACGGUUACAAUGUUGUGUCCUUGGAGCCUGGAGUGCCAGCAGCAGGCCUGGACCUGAAGCAGCAGGACAACAACCUAGUAGUUGUUAAGCUGCCUUCUACUCUCACCAACCCCAGCAGGAGUCAUGCUCUACAGAAAGCAGUUGAAGUAAUGCAGAAUGUCAUCUCCAAGAUUGGUGCAAAGAGGGAGUUUACUUUCAUCUUCACAGGACUGAAGCCAUCUGUGGAGGACACCAGCAGCAAGUAUGACGGACGAGUGCGUGUGCGUCGUGCUGCCGAGAUCCCCCAAGAACAAGGAUUCCACAGCGAGAGUUGUGUCAAGAUGUACUUCAAGCAGAACUUCACUUUUCAGAUCUAUGACAAAACAGGCGAAGUCAAAACCAAGAUUGUUUUUGAUGAUCACUCUUCAACUGAUACUGGACACUGUGAUGGUACAGAUAUUGGUCCAGAGAGGCAUGCCAGCCUUAAUAUGAAGUUUACCAGUGGAGUGGAGCCCUUCACCAAAAUUAUGUUCUCAUUCAACUUCAAGUCUGAGAGAAGCUCAUGGGGACUCAUUAAUGCAGAUGUUCUUCUGAAUAACUCCAAGUCCAGUAACAGUUUGGAGCUGGUGACUCCUGAUAUCUCAGGAAUUCCGGUGGGCAUGUCAUACUCCUGUGCCCUGCCUGUAUACUUUGCAUCCAAUGAUUCUGCUAUAGGAAACAGGAUGGAUGUGACAAUGGAAGGACUUCAGAUGGAGGCAUUCUUUGAUACCAACAACAACAACAGCACCUUUGGUCCAGCCUGGGACUGUGUGGGAUUCUUCACAGUGCCAAUCUGGGCUGGUCUGCUGACAACAUUGCUUUUGCUCCUUAUUCCCUGUAUUGGCCUGUACAUGCUGAGUGACAUCAAGACCAUGGACCGAUUUGAUGACCCCAAGGGACAACCCAUUAUGGUUCCUAAUACUGAGUAAAUAUUGCAUUGAAACAUUUGAGAUAAGGUAAUGAGGUUAUAGCAGAGUUAGCCAGUCAUUAAACUCUGAAGUAAGAACAGUAUUGGUUGUAACUUUGUGAAUGGUAAGCUGUCAGCCACUUCAUUUAUUACUUACACUGAGCAGAUAUUUGCUAUUCAUUGAACUGCUGUGAAAAAUUCUUAUAUUUACUCUAAAUUCAUACUUAGUGAGCAUGUGGGCUCCUUAUAUAUAUGUAUGGCAUGAACCACUGAUAGAUGAAAACAGUGCACUUCCAUUCAGAGCUGAGUGCAUUUAAAGGCAGCUUCCCUUCAGUGAUACAAGGAGACAUCACAAGAUCAGUCCACACUUACCUGAGUCAUGCUGUAAUGAAUUGUUCUUCAAAAAGUAAAGAAAGAAAAGAACAGGUAGUGUGAAAAAUGGAUAUGGCAAAGGUUAGCCAAGGCUGCUGCUUGUUUUAAAUUAAUGGACAAGUCAGACUAAACCAUUACUUUUCUUCAGACUUGUUUUGUAAGAACUUGUGCUUGACUAAUAAUUCGCUGUGGUUUAUUGCCGUAUUGUGUGGUGAUUAAGUUAUAUGUGUUAUGAGGAAACUAUAAACCUUGUUAGGUAUUACAUGAAUAACAAUUGUUAUGUAGUGAACAAAUGUAUAUGGUCUCAGUUUUAAUGGCACCUUCUUUAAAGGGUAGCAAAACACUUUAAGAGAGUAAAUUUUUUGUUAUGUACAUGAGUAAUAUGGAGAUGCCAAUACAGGAAAUACAUAAGUUUCUCUCUCUCUCUCUCUCUCUCUCUCUCUCUCUCUCUCUCUCUCUCUCUCUCUCUCUCUCUCUCUCUCUCUCUCUCUCUCAUUCUUUUCUUUCUAAGACUCAGUCAAUAGAAAGUGUUAGUGUAAAAAUAAAAUAGAAUCUGUACAUAAGAAAACAAUAUACUAGACAAUAGUACAUAGAUUUCAAACUAUAUUACUGCACAAAUGACUGCAAUUGAAUAUAAAAGCAGAUGUCAGAUAUCAUCAUUACUUCAACACUUAAGUUGUAAAUUUUUACUGUACUAUUACAUUGUUUUAUUAGAUAUCAGUGUGGUAAACUAUGUAUGUGUGUGUGUGUAUCAGAAAUGCUGCAUAUUUAUUGGAAUGUGAUGUGGGAUAGUUAUUGUUAGUUAUUAUUUUUCCCUGUGUAGCAAAAACAUUCCAAGCUUUCGUGUUGUGACUAAAUCCUCAGUAUUUGCAGUCCUUCUAACUAUUUCUCUAUUUGAGGUCCAGCUCUCCCUGAAAGGGGUGUUCAAGUCAUCAUCUAUAUCUAAGAAAUACCCAAAUUAUGUAUGUAUGUAUGUAUGUGUGUGCAAUCUGUAAUCCAGUAAUAAAUCACUAAACAGUUGCCAAGCAUUGGGAGAAUCAUAUUUUGAAUGCAUGUAUUCCCUGACAAACUAUUAUUACAUACAAGUAUGAUUUCAUGACAAGAUAUUUUAGUCUAAUAAUUUACUGUGAUUAUCAAAAUAAGAAUACAGAAAAAUUUGGGUAAUUCUUACUUUAUGUAUCAUAUGUACAGUGAUAAGAAAUAUAUGGUGUCGUGAAAU